GUUUGUUAGGGUUGUCCAACCGUGCUGAAGCUGCAAUACGUUUUUCGGCAACUGGCUACGGGUGACUACUUGCUCCUUGUUUCCCUUUUUAUUUAUAGCAAGAUUUUUUUUUCUUUUAAAAAAGACGACGGUCAACUUAGCAGGUUUUUAAGUCGCCUUUGGAGCAGUCUUGAAAUUGUAUUUGCUUAAACCUAUUAUCAGCAUUUGCUUUGUAACUUCUUUCAAGACGCAUUUGAAUCUGGAAUACUGCACCAAUCUUACCUCCAUUCUUGGGUAAAGUUACUUUUUUUAGGAACUGAAAACAAUCUUUGCUAUCUUGAAAUUCUGGACCACGUACGCAACUGUCAACAGAUCCACAACACAGUUUUUUAUAUAUUUUUUUCAAUGGCUCAGUCAGACUUCUGUACCAACACGGACCUGUCAGACUCCAAUGUGGUCACUUUUUGUCCAGAGGCAAACACACAGACUGAAGGAGAAAAUGGAAUUGCUGAAGACGAGGAGAUUGAACUCGCCGACGAGGUGGGGGAGGAUGUCUUAUUGAUGGUUGGGCCAGCUGAAGAAGAAGGUCCAGAGAAGGGGGAAGCAGAAGAAGUAGGAAUCCUCCCAAUUGAGCUAAAACCAAGUGUAGUGACAGAGGGACAAGAUGGGCAUGGAGAAAGACAGGAGGAUAGCGGAAAGAAAGGAGAAACGGAACCAAGAGAUGAACAAAAUGAGAAAGAGAGCAGUGUCGGGGUACAAGCGUUACAGACAUCAACUGAAGACUUUGAGGCAGCAGUAGAAGAAAUCAAACAUAUGGAACUUGAAGAUGAUGACAAAGUGGCAGGUAACGAAGAGGUCAAAAACUGUCUGCAGGUGAACAUAGUGGAGAGUACACAGCUAACAGUGGAAGAUGUCGAAGAACUCCAGACAGUAACAUCAAUUAAGAAUUAUGUCAUGACAAGUGUUGACAUUUUGGCUUUGAGCAGUGAAACAAAAGAGUGCGAUGGAGAAGAAUCAAUAAAUGAGGGGAUUAUCCAGGAAGAAAACCAAAUCGAUUUACCAGAUGCGCCACAAUUUGAGGACAGCAAAGAUGACAAAAGUGAAGAUGAAAUAAGUGACGGUGAAGACGGAGAGACUGAGAAACCGGGUGGAAUCCAGGAUGAGCAGCAUUUAAUCAACACCAACAGUUUUUGUCACAUAUCAGGACUGGUAGAAGAUGACAAUUGCCAACAAGAAAAUGAUGAGCACAAAGACACAGAAGAAGCCAGUGGGGAAAAGGUGUCAGCAAUGGAUGAAAGUGGUACAGAAAGAUACACAAAUGAAGCACAUGGAAUGCCAGAUGAAGCGUCCGGGAAUGAGAAAAGCUUGCUGGGCAAGGAAAGACCGCAUGACAUAAACAUGGUGCCCGAAUGUCUAAUGUGUCACUAUAUGCCACUGGAUGAAAGCCUAGAUGACCAAGACGAAAACAGGAAAAAUGAUGAGGAUAACACACAGGGCAUUGUGGACGUAACAGAAGAUAUCAUUGAGAAAAUCGAACAUGAAAAUAUGCAUGUCAAAGGAUUAGAAGAGCACCAGAUGACCAUGGAUGAGGACCCUCACAGUGUUCAAGGGUCAGCUACAUAUAUAUACGAGACCCUUGAAUGUGCACUGGCCACAGAUGAAGCUGUUGUCGAUGACAACAUGGAAGACGCUCACAGUGUUCAAGCCUCACUUCUAGAUUCACAGAAGAACCUCGAAGGUAAUGGCAUGCACGCUGCCAAGACAUCUAUCAGAUCGGAGGAUGAAAUGAAAGAUGCGAGCACGGAUGAAGGAAUGCUGGUUAAAAGUCAAACAGAUCCCUACGAGGGUUUGCCUGAAAGUGAGGUUAUCAUGCCUUACUUAGCUCCAAUUGAUCCCACAGUUGGUCAGACCAUCCAGUUGAAGGACAAGGAGAAAAAUAUUGAAACUACCCCAUAUGACAAUACGGUCAGCUCAGGUAAACAGGAAUCCAAUAGCAUCUCACAACUUGAGCUCCAGGAUGAGGAGAAUUUGGAAUGUGUGCCUGCUUCAGAUAGAGAUACACAACCAAGGUUGGAAACUGAAGAUCAACCUGAUCUUGAGCUGAUAACUUAUUUGAAUAAACUAGACAAAGACAGUUGUAUUGGAGGAACGGGUAUAUUUGAAAUUAAGGAGCAAGAGCAAAUGAUUUCACAGAUGACUGAGAAUGACAAAGAUCCAGAGCAGAAAGACUUGGAAGAUAUUAUUAAACUUGAACACCAGGUUGAGGAUAUACAUUUAAGCAACCAAACAGAGCACGACUCUGCACUAGAAAAAGACGUGGACCUGCUUGGGGAGGAUAUGACGUUCGAGGAGUCCAUAGUUGAUGGAAGCAAAGAAUAUACGGAUAGUCGAGACAACACGGGGGAGGGGCUUUAUCAAGAAACGAUAGCAGAUCCUGUGACAAUUUUAGAUGAUAACAUUGACGAGAUAGACAAGGCACAAAGCAGAGAACUUGAAGGGCUGGAGACUAUUGGCGAUCAAUGUGAAAAUGCCCUUGUCCUGACAAAUAGUGAAUGCCUUCACGAGCUGACACAAAGUAACAAAUCAGACCCACACGAAGAGGAGAAGCUGGGUAGAAAUGACUUGGAAGUGGAUAUGAAUUGUCGAGUCAAAGAAAUGAAACGGGCCAUGGAGAACGAGAUACUUUGUCUUGAUCCACAAUCACUGAGGAAGGAAGUGAAAUUGCUGUCCACUCGGAGGAAAGAUAAUGCAUGGAUUAAAGUAGAGCAAUCAGAACACGAGGCAACGCCAGAAAAGAAGGAGCAGGAAGAACAUUUCGUGACAACAGACGCCAGAGAAAUAGAGACCGGCGAGAAGAAAGAAGCUUUGACUGAGAAUUUAAGUGUGCCUGUGAGGGACGCAUGGAUGAAGGAGCUAAAGUCAGUGAUUAAGGAUGAUGUCCUUUCAAAACAGAGAGAGCAGCAAGUGAAGAAGAAGAAGGUGGUGCUGUUUGAGGAUGGACAGUCAUUUUUACCCAAUCCGGAGAAGCUGACAGAGAGGAGACAGGAAUUGGUGUCUCACAAAGCGGUGGAGAGACCUUUGCCUGCUGUCCAGGAGACCGCAACCAAAGCACCACUGGACCAAGAUGAUGAAAUCUCACUUUAUGUCAAGGCAGGGAGCGAUGGGGAGAGCAUUGGGAACUGUCCUUUCUCUCAGCGACUCUUCAUGAUCCUCUGGCUCAAAGGGGUUAUUUUCAAUGUCACCACCGUUGACCUCAAGCGGAAACCUGCAGAUCUGCAGGACCUCGCUCCUGGUACCAACCCUCCAUUCAUGACCUUUAACGGUGAAGUCAAGGUGGACGUCAACAAAAUAGAAGAGUUCUUGGAGGAGAAACUGACCCCGCCACGCUACCCUAGACUGGCAUCCAAACACCCUGAAGCCAACACAGCCGGCAUCGAUGUGUUUGCCAAGUUCUCUGCUUACAUCAAGAAUGCCAGGAAAGACACCAAUGAAGUCUUAGAGAAAGCCUUGCUGAAGUCUCUUCGUCACCUUGACGACUUCCUGCGGACUCCUUUACCAGAGGAGAUAGACGCCGACGCCCCAGGAGAUGUCCCUGAGUCCAAAAGAAGCUUCCUGGACGGACCGGACCUCACCCUGGCGGACUGCAACCUGCUCCCUAAACUACACAUCCUAAAGGUGGUGGCCAUGAAGUAUCGUAACUUUGAAAUCCCGACUGAGAUGACAGCUGUUUGGCGGUACUUGAACUGUGCCUAUCAGAGGGAGGAGUUCAGCAGCACCUGCCCGGCCGAGAGGGAAAUUGAGUUUGCUUAUGUGGGUGUGGCAAAAAAAAUUCAAUAAGGUCGAAACCUACAGAAGGUCCAGGUGGUCAUAAGAAUUGUGAACUAACCGUUGACCAGUAUUUGAAAAAAUGUCCCAAAAGGUAACUAUCCAUUGUAGGUGUGGACCUACAGGGUUGCGCUAUAAAAUACAAUCUCGAUUGUCCAGGUCAUUGUUUUCGCAGGGCAUUGAACUGGAUUGUUCAUUUUGUCUUAAAAGACAUUUGGCCUCUCAUAUGAACAUGUUUAAUAAAUUAUGCCCAUAGAUAGACAGCUCUAGUCUGAAAGCACUGUACCAAACCCAAAGUAUGUAUCCUCUAACACAUGGCUAUCAAACUCUGGUCCACGGGCCAAAUCUGGCCCGCCGUGUAAUUUAAUCUGGCCCUUGAGGCAAUAUCAAUUUAGCAUUAGAGCUGGCCCGCCGAUGUUAUACAGCGUCGGUGCCGCUGUAACACCGCAUUCACCGCUAAUACUCAUACUUGCCAACCCUCCUAAUUUUCCCGGUAGAGUCCCGAAGUUCAGUGCCACUCCCAAAAAUCUCCCGGGGCAACCAUUCUCCCGAAUUUCUACCGAUUUCCACCUGGACAACUUUAUUGGGGGCGUGCAUUUAAGGCACUCCCUUUAGCGUUCUCUUCAACCUGUCGUCACGUCCGCUUUUCCUCCAUACUAACAGCGUGUCACAUAAUAUUUGUGGCUUUUACACACACACACACGCACAAGUGAAUGCAAGGCAUACUUGGUCAACAGCCAUACAGGUCACACUGAGGUUGGCCGUAUAAACAACUUUAGCACUGUUACAAAUAUGCGGCACACUGUGAACCCACACCAAACAAGAAUGACAAACACAUUUCGGGUGAACAUCCGCACCGUAACACAACAGAACAAAUACCCAGAACCCCUUGCAGCACUAAGUCUUCCGGGAAACUUCCAGCAAACUGACCAAUAAUUAACGUUUUAUUCAUGCAUUUUCUCUUGCUACUUCAAGGCUUGAAUGUUUGGUUCAUUCAUUAUUAUUUUAUUUUCAAAUGUAUUAUUAGCCUGUGGAAAAAAAUUGAUAUUUACCUCAGACGAUUGCAAAUAGAUAAAAACGCAUAACAUUUUUAUUAAAUUUUUUUUUGAUAUGCCAUUGAUAUUUUUUUUAAUUAUUAUUAUUAUUAUUUGAAACUGGAUUUUGCAUGUCACUAAAGUUAUAUUAGCCUUGCUUGUUCAAUAUUUAAUGCAAAACUUGUUUGGGUCCCUAUUAAAAAGGUUAAUUUGUUCAACCUUGGCCCGCGGCUUUGUUCCGUUUAAAAUUUUGGCCCACUCUGUAUUUGAGUUUGACACCCCUGCUCUAUUCUAUGACAGUUGUUAUGAUAUAUCAAAAAAACAUAUUGGUGUAUGCUGUCCAGGGCAGUGACGACUGCAAUGAUUUAUGGAUUGGGAAAACCCAACAACUACUAAACAGGUGCAUGACACAACACAGAUGAGCAAACAGACUUAGCUGUCUACCUGCACCUCAUAGAGAACAACAACACUUUCUUUGGGACAAUAAUAUAUAUGUUCUGGACAAGGAGGACACAUGUUUUGAGAGGGGAGUGAGGAAAGUGCUAUGUCAAAGCUGAAGAACCAUCUGUGAACAGAGGAAGGGGUCUGGUAUGACAACUAUAACAGGAUACAGACACUUUUGGUUUCAGGUUUCCCUUUGAUUACUGAGACAACUGAAGGAAAUUAAGUGAAACCGUAAUUUACAUACGACUCUUUGCAUAAUUUUUGGUUCACGAACGUUUACAUAGGGCCAAAUAUGCAUCAGUGUGCGAACAAUAAGAAGAAGCAGGGGCCUCUACGUGACAUCCUGUUUACAUCCUGUUUACAUCCUGUUUACAUCCUGUACAUACGACCGCAGCCAUUUCAAAGAGCAUUGACUGCAAACAGCGCUUCUGACAGGUUUAUUUCCACAAUUGUCAUACAUUGCGACAAGUAGUCAGCUUGUCUUAAAGAUCACUUUGUGUGACCAGAAACGCUUUAAAUGUGUUCAAACUUUUGGUUCCGACUCAACUGUUUUGAGCCAGCAUUUUAGCUAUUUGGCCUCCAAACUUGCGGCCCCUUCAGUUCGAGGAUUUUAUCGGCGAAGGGGCAUUUGUGGACCGAAAAAGAUUCCAAAGCGGACUUUAUUACGGCGUAGAAUGCACUACCGGGACACGAGCCGAUUAAGAAUCGCUUCAAACUGCGAGUUUUUGCUAACGCUAGCGGUGACUAUGUGAAACCACUGCUGUUUUAUAACUCUGAAACUCCCAGUGUUUAACAACAAUGCCACAAAUAUUCCCAUGCAUACACAAGGUAAAAUUAUUUCAGAUUUUUUGGUUUUUCGAGCACAACUACAAGACACAAGCAAUACCGUAACAAUGCAAUCCAAUUCCAAAACCAAACCUGACCCAGCAACACCCAGAACUGCAGUAAACAGAGCAAUUGAGAGGAGACACAAACACGACAGAACAAACCAAAAGUAAAUAAAUAAAUAAAUGGGUUGUACUUGUAUAGCGCUUUUCUACCUUCAAGGUACUCAAAGCGCUUUGACACUACUUCCACAUUUACCCAUUCACACACACAUUCACACACUGAUGGAGGGAGCUGCCAUGCAAGGCGCCAACCAGCACCCAUCAGGAGCAAGGGUGAAGUGUCUUGCUCAGGACACAACGGACGUGACGAGGUUGGUACUAGGUGGGAAUUGAACCAGGGACGCUCGGGUUGCGCACGGCCACUCUCCCCACCGCGUAAUGAAACAAAAAUGAAUAUUAUCAACAACACUAUCAAUAGUAGUUACGAUUUUAGCAUAGCAGUGAUUAAAAAUCCGUCAUUGACAUUAUCAUUGACAUUUAUAAAAAAUACAAAAAAAGAAAAACAGUGUAACAGUAGCUUACACUUGCAUCGCAUCUCAUAAGCUUGACAACACACUGUGUCCAAUGUUUUCACAAAGAUAAAAUAAGUCAUAUUUUUGGUUCAUUUAAUAGUUAAAACAAAUUUACAUUAUUGCAAUCAGUUGAUAAAACAUUGUCAUUUACAAUUAUAAAAGCAUUUUUUUUUUUUAAAUCUACUACUCUGCUAGCAUGUCAGCAGACUGGGGUAGAUCCUGCUGAAAUCCUAUUUAUUGAAUGAAUACAGAAUCGUUUUGAAUCGGAAAAAUAUCCUUUUUUGAAU